AUGGCGAGCCAGGCGGUCUUCGAGCUGUUCGAGUCGUUCCGACUAGAGCUUCCUGAAAGCUCCCAACCUGGUCCAUCUGCGCAGCCUCCAUCCAAUUCUUUGGACGGCUUCUUUUACAUUCCCAAUUUCAUUUCCGAUGAGGAGGAACGCUAUUUGAUGGACAAGGUUGCGACGGCGCCGCUCCCUAAGUGGAAGACGCUGCAGAAUCGAAGCGGACGCGAACUCGGCAGGCUGCAAUACUGGGGCGGGCAGGUGCAGCGAGAAACGUUGAUCCCCGAGCCACUACCGUCGUUCCUGACGACGUACCCGCCACUGAUACAACGAAUCAAAGAGACGACUCCAGCUUUUGCUUCCAGCAAGCACGGCGAGCCAAAUCACUGUCUGGUGAACGAGUACCUUCCCGGGCAGGGCAUCAUGCCGCACGAAGACGGUCGCGCUUACUUUCCUUGCGUCGCGACCAUCAGCCUCGGCUCGCAUACCCUGCUCGACAUGUAUCGAUGGGCGCAGAACGAUGUGCCGCCAGAGGGCGAUCGCGGUGCGAGAGCACGCGAAGCGGAGCCUGUGUUUUCCAUCUUGCAAGAACGCAGAAGCCUGCUUGUCACGACCGGUGCCGCGUAUCAUGACUACCUGCACGGCAUCGCAGAACGGCAUACAGAUGCGCCCGAGCACCUCGCAAAGGUCGUCAACGUCGGGCGCCUUGCAGACAAGCGAAUCGAGCGCGUCAUCCACCGCGCAGCCGAGGGUAACGCACACGAAUCGCUCGCCCGCCAGACCCGGCUCAGCUUGACGUUUCGCGAUGUCGAAAGGGUCAGCAAAGGCUUGGGCGCCCUGCUCAGCAAAACGAAGCGAUGA